AGUUCAAUCUUCAGGAUGCUUCUCUUUCUUUAUACACUCCUUUUCCAUCACCUUCAAACAAAAGUGGAAAACAAACUUUGCCAAAUGAUGGGGGAACCUAAGUACCCACUACUUUCCAAGGGCGGAGAUGUAACUAUUGGAGGAAUUUUUGCAAUCCACAGUAAAGAAACAUUACCUUCUUUUGAGUUUAAACAAAAACCUCAGCCUCUAUCAUGCUCCAGUGUGAAUCUAAGAGAUUUUCGACUGGCUCAAAUAAUGAUCUUUGCCAUUGAAGAGAUUAACAAAAGUGAAAGUUUGCUCCCAAAUGUUUCUAUUGGUUACCAAAUUUAUGAUACAUGUGGUUCAAGACUGUCUUCUAUGAGUGCAACUAUGGGAUUGAUGAAUGGACCGGAAUUUGCAGUAGGGGAGACAUGCAAUGGUCAGUCUUCUAUACAUUCUAUCAUAGGAGAAACAGAAUCUUCUGCCACAGUGAUUCUGUCCAGAACUACAGGACCUUUUAAAAUUCCAGUGAUAAGUCACUCAGCCUCAUGUGAAUGUCUCAGCAACAGGAAAGACUACCCCUCAUUCUUCAGGACUAUUUCUAGUGAUUACCACCAAGGCAGAGCCCUUGCAUACAUAGUCAAGCACUUAGGCUGGUCUUGGGUGGGAGCUGUGAACAGUGACAAUGAUUAUGGAAAUUAUGGAAUGGCCAUAUUUCUGAAUACAGCUCAGAAGGAGGGGAUUUGUGUUGAGUACUCUGUGAAAUUCUACCGAACAGAGCCAGAGAAACUUAAAAAAGUGGUAGAUACGAUAAAACAAAGCACUGCAAAAGUGAUUGUUGCAUUUGUUUCAUUUAUUGAGAUGGGCUUAUUAAUUGAGCAGCUGACUAUUCAGAACAUUACAGGCUUCCAAAUAAUCGGAGUAGAGGGUUGGAUAACCUCAAAGAAUUAUAUCACUUCAAACAGUUUUCGUGUGCUUGGAGGUUCACUGGGGUUUGCAUUGAGAAAAAUUUAUUUUGAUGGGUUUUCAGAGUAUGUUACAAAAGCAUUCUGGGAAACAGCUUUCCCAUGCUCACAUAUUGAGGGUAAUUUUUCUCAAUAUGCAAUAAACUGCAGGAGAUAUCAGGAUCUACUUGCUCUGAAAAACUACAAUGAAGAUGUGCCUGAACACAGAUAUUCAAGCCAUGUCUACAAAGCAGUUUAUGCUGUGGCUCAUUCAUUGCACAACCUACUCAAAUGCAAAGAACAAGAAAAUUGUGAUAAAAGCCUGGCAAUACAACCACAGCAGGUGGUUGAAGCUCUAAAAAAAAUAAAUUUCACAGUAAAGUUUGGAGAUCAUGUGUGGUUUGACCGCACUGGUGCUACAGUAGCCCAUUAUGAAGUUGUGAACUGGCAGCAGGACUCAGAUAAAUCAUUCCAGUUUAAACCAGUGGGAUACUAUGAUGCCUCACUGCCUCCUGACCAGCGCUUUGUGCUCAACAAUGAAAACAUCAUUUGGGCUGGAGGACAUCUGGAGAAGCCAAGCUAUGUGUGUAGUGAGAGAUGUCCUCCAGGCACUAGGAAGGCUGCACAGAAAGGAAGACCUGUCUGCUGUUAUGAUUGUAUUCCAUGUGCAGAAGGAGAAAUCAGUAAUGAGACAGAUUCAAAUAACUGCAAGCCGUGUCCAGAGGAAUACUGGUCUAAUCCUGAGAAAAAUAAAUGUGUGUUAAAGGCUGUAGAGUGUCUGUCAUUCACAGAAACUAUGGGUAUAGUGCUAAUCUUUUUCUCACUGUUUGGAGUAGGAUUAACUGUACUGGUGGCCAUCCUGUUUUACAGUAAGAAGGACACCCCCAUAGUAAAAGCCAACAACUCAGAGUUGAGCUUCCUGCUGCUCUUCUCAUUGUCUCUCUGUUUCCUUUGUUCACUUACUUUCAUUGGUCGACCCACUGAGUGGUCCUGCAUGUUGCGACACACAGCAUUUGGGAUCACUUUUGUCCUCUGUAUCUCAUGUGUUCUGGGGAAAACAAUAGUGGUGUUAAUGGCCUUCAAGGCUACACUUCCAGGAAGUAAUGUGAUGAAAUGGUUUGGGCCUGCACAACAACGACUCAGUGUUCUUGCCUUUACACUUAUACAGGUUCUUAUCUGUGUGCUAUGGCUAACAAUAUCUCCUCCAUCUCCCUACAAAAAUAUGAAAUAUUACAAGGAAAAGAUCAUUCUUGAGUGCACGUCUAGGUUCUACUAUAGGUUCCUCUGGGCUGUUCUGGGUUAUAUUGGCCUACUGGCUGUCUUGUGCUUCAUUCUGGCUUUUAUGGCUCGCACACUGCCUGAUAAUUUCAAUGAAGCCAAAUUCAUCACAUUCAGUAUACUUAUAUUCUGUGCUGUAUGGAUCAAAUUAAUACCAGCUUAUGUCAGCUCUCCUGGAAAAUUUACUGUAGCUGAGAAUAUUUCCACCAUAUCAUCAAGCUUUGGUUUACUAUUCUGCAUAUUUGCACCUAAAUGUUGUUAUAUUAUUUUGUUUAAGCCUGGACAAAAUACAAAGCAACAUGUGAUAGGAAAAACAUCUACAAAGACCCAUUAG